CUGUCACUACCCCCAGCAUCCUCAUCUGCAGCCUCUCUGCUCUCAGCAUGACUGGGAAGAACCUCCAUACAGGAGCCUAAGGAUGGAGUGAGAGCGUCCGCAAGCACGAAGUAAAAUAUACUUCAAGAUGUGAUUGUAGAUCGGCAUUACCCAAGUUUACAUGGUAAGAAAGCUGAGCUGCAUCUAUGACACCUGAUGAUGAUCCCUUUACAUAAUAACAGUGAAAACAAGACGUCCUUGUUGGUAGUUGAAGAGGAAGGCCGAAAAACAGACCCUUCCCCAUGUGUGCUUGGCAUUAUACCAGUGAUAUACUAUAGCGUACUGCUUGGUCUUGGUUUACCAGUGAACAUCUUAACGGCUUUCGCCCUCUCAAAACUGGCCUCUAGGAGCAAGAAAUCCUCCUACUUCUACCUCCUGGCCCUCACCACUUCUGACAUUUUGACUCAAAUUUUUAUCAUCUUUGUAGGCUUCAUUCUUCAGACUACCAUCCUUCAUCGCAAGGUGCCCAAUGCUUUCAUCCAUUUGGUCAGUGUCCUUGAGUUCUCCUCCAACCAUGCCUCCAUCUGGAUCACCGUCAUCUUGACCAUGGACCGAUACGUAGCCUUGUGUCUUCCCUUACAAUAUCGCUCUCUCUCCUAUCCAGAACGUACACGUAGGGUUAUUGUAAGUGUCUUUCUAGCAUCAUUUGUGACCGGCAUCCCUUUCUACUGGUGGAGUGAUGUUUGGAGGGAUCCCAGAACACCCGGUUUGCUAGAUCGUGUCCUUAAAUGGGUCCAUUGCUUCAUUAUUUACUUCAUUCCUUGCACUUUUUUUUUUCUCAUCAACUCCAUCAUCAUCCUCAGGCUUAGAAGGAAAUCAGAGACCAAGAGGUACAAGCUUAGAAUAGGCAAGACUACUGCCAUACUCAUAGGCAUCACAACUGUAUUUGCUGUGCUAUGGGCUCCCCGGACCAUUGUCAUAAUCAUUCAUAUGUAUGUAUCCUCUGUCCACAAUGAUUGGAGGGUCCACUUGGCCAUGGACAUUGGAAAUAUGUUGGCUUUACUCAACACCGCCGUCAAUUUCUUCCUGUACUGCUUCGUGAGUAAGAGAUUCCGGGAUACAGUGAGGGAGAUUAUUGGAGUGCAAAGACCUUGUCACACAACUGUGGGGAAGAAAAACCUAAGUGACAACUUUUCCGACUCUUUGAAGCCCAUGGAGGUUCCUCAGGCAACAACGAUAUGAGUCAAGUGAUGCUACUACGUAUGAAUAGCUUGUUUUCCACAUACGACUUGCUCGUGAUCAACGCAUGUCAAACAAAAUCUGAAAACUUGCAUGAGAGAAAGAGCAUUAAAGGGAUAUUUAUCCCCUAACCAAAG